AUGUCCAUUACACAAGAAAUACAGAAUGAUUUAUUGAGGCAGAUAUUAGAGACGCGUAUUAAGAUUGAAAACUUAGAUGUAGAACAAGUAGCCAUUGUUUAUGUAGUAGACACACAACUUACUGAUUGUCAAAAUAUUAAAGAUGAAACAAUUAAAAGUAAAGAAAAAGGAUGUAUUUUUGAGAUUAUAAUUCGAUAUCUUGAGUGUAUAUGA